AUGGUGAUGGGUAGUACAGAUAAACUACUAUAUAAUUUAUGUAUAGUAGUAAUUUAUUGGAUAUGUUUUUGGUAUAUUAUAUAUUUUAUUACUGGUUUCCAUUUAACAACUAUAACAAUAAAUAAUGGUAUAUCAUUUAAUGGAAUUACUUUUAAAACUUCAAAUAGAUUAAUAAAAAUUAAAUCAUUAAGGUUUAGAUUAUGGGGAAAUACUAAAAUGACAAUUAUUGAUGAUUUAUAUAUAAAAUUAUACCCAUCUAUUUCAAAAAAUCAAAAAUCAAAACUGUCAAAUCUGUCAUUUUUUAAUAUUGAUGAUGAAGAUAAUAUUACUAUAUAUCCAAAAAAUUUUAUAAAAAAGUUUUUCGUUAGUUUAUUAAUACGGCAUUUCCCAUUAUUAGAUUUAGAAUUAAGAAAUACAACAAUAAUAUCAGCAUCAAAUUAUAAAACAACCAUAUCAUACGUCAAAUUUAAUCAACAAUCAAGGAAAAGUAGUAGAAAUACUAAUAAUAUAAAAUUUAAAACUUCAUUAUUUAUAACUAAUUUAAAUCAUCAAAUUUUAGAAAAAAUACGACCUGCUUCAUUAACUUCAUUUAGAAUAGAAUUUAAAAUACUGAUAAAUUAUAAAAAUGGAUCAUUAGAUGAUUUAAAAACCAAAAUUAAUAUAUCAGAAAGUAAUAUAUCGGUUUUUAAUGCAAUUAAAUAUUACCUUAUACGUGAGGAAAAUAAAUCUGAAUCAUCAUCAACACCAUCAACAUCAUCACAAUCAUCACCACCAAAAUCUAAAUCCAAUUUAACAAUAGAUAAAAUAUUAAAAAUUGCACAUCGUUUAAUCAAUGACAUAAGUAUACAUAUUGAAAAUUCCAAAAUUUCAGAAAUUCCUUUUGUUUUAAUUGAUGAUAAUAUGUCAAUUGAAGAAUACUAUAAAGAAGAUAGACCAAAAACUUCUUUGGAGUUGAUUACUAAAUCAGUUUCAUUUAAUAUAUCAAGAAUGUGGCCAGAUGCAGCUGGAUUUGAAGCAAGUUUCAACCCAAAAAUAGAUCUUCCAUUCCAUAUAACUUUAUCAGUUCAAUUAUUCAAAAUGUUUUUUAUAAAAAGAAUUAUAUUACCUAGUGGAGUUGAUGGACAAGAUUCUGAUGAAAUCUUAAAUAUGCCAAAUAAUUCAUUGACUUUUAAAUCAAAUCUUGUAAGUCAAUUAGCACAAUCAAGAGGGUUUGAAAAUUGUGUAAUGGAAUUAUAUUUCUCAGCAAGUUCACCCAUAUUCGAUGUUAAUUCAAGACAAAUGAGUGCCAUACUAUAUAAUGUAGUACUACUAAAGAAAUGGUCAAGAUUACAAAAAUUAAGAAAGCAAGGUUCUCAGGAAGAACAAAAUUUAAAACAAAAUGAUACAGAUGAUUUAAAAGUUGAAUCAUUAAAAGCAAGAGUAUGGAAAUAUAUAAAUGAACAUUAUCCAAAUUUAGAUAUGAAAUUAGUUGUUGAACAACCAAAAUUCAUACUAAGACAUGAUGGUAAACAUACUCAAUUAUUAAAUUUUUCAUAUUCCUUAUUAAAUUUUAAUUUAUCUACAACUGAAUCAAGAGAUUAUUUAGCAGAUUUAGAAGUUUUGUAUCCUACUAUCAACUAUCACGAAAAAUCAAGUAUUGAAUCCAAAAAAUUUAACAAUAAAAUAAGGAAAAAGGAUAUUGCCAAAUUGGAUCACUUUAAUGUCAAAUUAGAUAUCUUUAAAAACUUAACAGUCAAUACAACAAUAGAAUUGAACAAAAUAAUGGUAAACCUAACAAGUUUAGAAAUUUUCCAAGGCGUACAUUGGUUAUUACUAGACGUUACCAAAUUGGCAGAAACUGAUUUUUCAAUAGGUAGAAUUAAUAAUACAUUUAAUGAAGAAUUAAAACAAUUAAAAUUUGAAAAAGAAGGUAGAAUUCCAACAAAAUCAAUGGAAGAAAAAUUGUUUAAAUAUUUACCAUCUUAUAUUAAUCAAGUUGAAUUAAAAUUUACUAAUUUAGAUUUAACUAUUGGCGCAAGAUCUGUCUUAAUUCCAAAAAGCGAUUUAUUUGAAUCUAAUUUGAAUGAUUUUGAUCAAAAUCAUGAUUUAAGAAAAAUAAUUAUUAAGUUAGAAUUAUUGAAAAUAUUAAUUUUGAAUAAUGAUAAUCCUCAAUUAGAUGAUACUUCGUCUGCAUCACUGGAAACUUUAACUUCUUUGGUGGAUACUGAAUAUUGGUCUAUUACAAAUACAUUGGAAAAUUUACAAUUGUUAAUGCCUGAUGAUCAUAGUUCAAAACAUUCAAAGACAAAACCAUUUAUAGAAUUCCCUAAAAUUGAAAUGAAAAUGGAUUCAAUUUGUAAUUUUCAUGGAAAAAACCAGCUUUUAUUUGCUGCCGAAAUCGGUCAGCUAAACAUCAACUAUAACAGAUUCAAAUUAUUUACAUUAAUUGGCUCCAUUUAUUUGAUCAGGGAAUUCAUCAUUGCUCCUAUCAAAUUAAUCAAAUCAAAAAUCAAAAAGGAAUUAAACAAAUUCGAACAGCCAAGACAAAAACAAUCAUUCAACAUUCUAGAUUUCUUAUUAUUAAACAUCACGUUAUCAGACGUAAACUGUUUUUUGCAAUUGUCGAAAGAGUUUAAAUUAAAGUUACAAUUAUCAGAUUUAGAAUUCGAUGUACAAAAUAAAAUUGCAAAAGUAUCAUUAUUUUUCAUUAGAUUAUUAGCUAUAUCACCAACAAUUGAAAAUAAAUGGUGUAGAUUAGUUUGUGUUGAUUCAUUAAAUUUAUAUGCUCCAUUACACAAACACCCUAAAAUUGAUAUUCAUUCAGAUGCAAUAAGAUUAAUUCAGCCUCAUAAAUUUAUUGUAUAUGAAUUAUUUGAUAACAUUUCCAUAUCUUUAAAAUUAGCAAAACAUUUAGUUAAAUUGUUGAAUGCUGAUGAUUCUAAAGAAGGUUCAAAUGUUGUACAUCCUCAUCAACAACAACCAAUUCCGUUACCACAUAUAUCAGUCAAAUCAAAUCACUUAAAAUUUGUAAUGGAAGAUGAUCCAUUUGAAUCUGAAUUAAAUAUGAUUUAUCAAUUAGGUAGAAUUGAACAAAAGAAAAGACUUGAAUUAUAUUCCCUUUUUGAAACCAAAGAAAGUCAAUUACCUGAUGAUAAACUUUAUUUUAAAAGGCUUGAUCAUUUAAAUACCACAAUAUCAGAAUCAUGGAUUAGGAAAGUUUCAAUUUAUCGUGAAAAAUUAAGACGUGAAGUUGCAGAUCAUAAAACAUAUCUUUUUGGUAAUGAAUGUAAAUUUGAUUCUGAUUAUAAUACAGAUGUUGUUGCUUAUCCAUAUCAUGCACCAUUAUUAAAUAUAACAAUGGAAGGAUUUGAUUUAAAAGUAAGUCAGCCAGAUUUUGGAUUAGAUCAUGUAGCUGAUUUCAUAUAUGAUGUAGGACAAGGUGUUCCAAAAGAUACAAAGUAUUCUGUAAUGAUACCUGCACAAUUAGAUUUAAAAGUUAUUGAAAUGAGAAUGCAUUUAAGAGAUUAUCCAUUACCUAUAUUAUAUUCACCAAGAAGUAAAAAAGGUAAUGCAAGUUUAAUUUUACGUGGUCCUUUAGUUAUAUCAGAACAAUUUGUAACUGAAGAUGAACAUAUUAGGAAAUUAGAUAUUCCAUUAAUUCCAGGUGGUGAAUCACCAUUUGAUUCAUUAAUUGUUGAAAAAACAUUAUCUAGUAUUAAAUUAUACACUAGCUUAGAUUGUAAAUUUGAUUCAGAUUACCCAACAAGAAUUGUUUGGGGAACCUCAUAUAACUUUGGAAUUCAACAAUUUAUGCUUAAUUUUGAUCAAUUUUCAAAACCUCCAGUUGAUCCUUCAGAAAAAUUGGGAUUUUGGGAUAAAUUGAAAUAUAUUUUACAUGGUUCGUGUACUAUUAAAACUAGAAAAAGUUUAGAAGUUGGGUUUAAAGGAUCUAGAGAUCCUUACGAUUUAUUAGGUACUGCAACUGGAUUUGUAUUAUCUUUUAAAGAUAACGUUAUUUGGAGAAUUAACAAGAAUGAUGAUUCGAGAGAAUUUUUUGAUAUUACUGCAGAAUCAGUCUCAUGGUAUAUUCCAAAUUAUUUAGGUGGGCCAUUAUUAGCAUGGACAAGAAAUAGUUUAGAUUCAGUUUUUUUACCAGAUUCUCCACAUUUUAUAAGUUCUUGUUUUGCUUAUUAUCUUGAAGAUUCUCAAACAAGACCUGAUUUCGAUUAUAUGAAGAAAGUAUUUGCAAAAGAUACAAUUGAGUUAAGUGGUGGUAUAAGUUAUAAAGUUGGAUUUUUAUUACAACGUAAAGUUGAUGGUAAAAGAGUUGAAGAAUUUAAACCACAUUAUGAUGUUCAAUUAAUGAAUCCUAAAUUUUGUAAAGAUGGUCAUGAUUCUUAUGCUGGUUUUAGAAGUGAAUAUAUGCAUAUGGCAAUUUCAUUAACUGCUGAUAGAGAAAAUACAUACAAUACAAUACAUUUAAGUCCAGGAGCUUUUGAACAAUUUUUCGCUUGGUGGAAAUUAUUUGCAAGUAAUAUGAUGUUACCUAUAAGAAAAGGUCCAUUAUUUGGAGAAAGUAAAAAAUCAGUUAAAUUUUCUCAACAUUUAUUUACAAAUAAAUUUUCAUUUUAUUUGAAAUCAUUGUUUUUGUCACAUAUUUAUAGAGAUGAAAUUGUUGAUGUUGAUGAUGAUAGAAUUGAAUGUGUUGGAUUAAGAGCUAAAAUUGAUGAAUUCUCAGUUGAUUUACAUCAAAGGAAAGAACCAGUUACUUUAUAUCAUGAAGAACUUUCAAAAAGUACGAAAGCGAUGAAGAUGAUCUUUAAUGUUGGCGAAGUAACAUUAUCAGGUAUUGAUAUGAGAGCUGUUCAUUCAAGUUUUACUCAAAAUUUAUAUUCACAUAACAAAAAGAAUUACAAUGAUGAAAAAGAUUCAACGUAUGAUAUUUAUUUUGAUAACGAUCGUCGUUGGUUUGAUAUUCAAGAUUAUGAAGAAGCAUUCUUACCUUCUGUUAGAUAUUGUCCAAGAAAAGUCAGAAUUUAUCCAUUAAUGUAUUCUCAUAGAUUUUCUUAUGAAAGAGAUACUGAUCAAGAUGCUUCACAAAAUUCAAAAGAUGAUCAAUUUGGUAAUGAAGAUAUUCAUAAUUGUAGAAUUAAAGAUAAAGAUCCUUCACAAGUUCGUAUUGAUAUUUUAACUGAUAGAUUAAGGUCAUUACAACAAAUUAAAAAUAAAGGAAAAGAUUUAAUGGAUAGAAUUGAAUUCAUUACAAAAGAAAUUGAAGGUGUUAAAAAGGAUAAACGUAUCAUAUAUCAAAGAACUUCAACAAUGGCAUCAGUUCAAAAACAUGAUGAACAUUUCCAUAAUAAAUUUACUUGGUUAAGUAUGCUAUUGAAAUGGAACGUUAAUUGUCGUAACUUAGUAUUAAAAUAUAUUCAUUUUGUUCAAUUAAAAGCAAAUAUGAGGAAAUAUUUAUCACAUGAAUCAAUAUCAAUGUUGGAAAAAAUAAUUGAAAAAACUGAAAAAGCAAUGAAUCAAGAUGAUCCUUCAAGUAUUUCCGAAUCAUUAAGUAGAAUAUCAACCGCUCAAAAUGAAUCAGGCACCUCGGAAUUAUCGGCAAAACAAAGAUUAGUUAAAUUUGAUAAAAUCUUAAAAGAAUUACAAGGAUCAGAAGAAUUAUCAGAAGAUUAUCUUAUUGAAGUUAUAUCACCACAGAUACAAUUACAAAGUGAAGAUGCACCAGAUUCAGUAGUUAUUGUUUCAGCUCCUUCAAUAAGUGGUAAAAUUGUAUCUCUUUUAGACACUAAAGAAACUGCAAACCCUGACGUUAUAGAGAAAAGAUAUGGUGUUAUAUUAAAAGAAGCUAGUGUAUUUGUUUUAAAUAAGAGUUCAUUAUCUCCAUUGAUCACAGUUAGAAAUCCAUAUGGUGCAAAAUCAAAUUGGCCACCUUGGUUAGGACCAGAAGUUACUCAAAAUGGUAAAUGGGCAGGUGAAGAUCAUUUAUUAAUUCAAAAUUUAUCUGUAAUGACAUUAUUUUAUGAUACUGAAAUUAAUUUAAACAAUAAUCAAGUUGAUGAGGCACCAAAAAGAUUAAGAAUAGAUACUCCAUCAAUUGUUUUAACAUCUACAUCAUCACAAUAUUUUACACUAUAUGUUAUAAUCGUUAGUCUUUUGUUUUAUAGUGAACCAAUGAGUAAAGUUAUUAAAGAAAAAAUUGAAAAAAUGAAAUUUUCAAUAGAUUCUGAUGAUUUAGUGGGUAUGACAGAUAAAGUUAAAAAUAUGCAAUCGUAUUAUCGAACUUUAAAAUUCAUGAAUUCAAAUUAUUCAUUCCGUAAAAAGCACUUGUCAAAUGAAGAAUUAAAUAAUUAUUUGUUAUUAAAUUUAGAAAGUGGAGAAAUUGCAAGUGAUAUUUAUUUAUUUUUGAAAACUGUAUUUAGUGGUGAUUUUUUCGAUGAUGAUUCAAAUAAUCCACAAAUUUCUUGGUUAAUUAAAGCUGAUGAAUUUAUAUUACAUAUCUUAGAAGAUGAUAGAACUCCAAUUUUAGAUAUUGCAUUAGCCAAAGGAGUUUAUAGAAGAAAAGAAUAUGAAAGUGGAUCUAAUUUUAAUAAAAUACAAAUAGGAAUGAUGCAAGGUUUUAAUUUAAUUCAAAAUGCAAGAUUUCCUGAUUUUAUAAAUCCAAUAGAUGUUGCAAAAAUUGAUGACAAUUUAAUAGAUCUUUCAUGGACAAUGAAUAGAUCUGUGGGUGGAAUAAAAGUAGUUGAAGAUAUGCAAGUUAAUUCAUUACCAUUAAAUAUUAAAAUUGAUGAAAUCACAGGUGAAAAAUUAAUGGAUUUUAUUUUCCAAACUGAUUCAACAAAAGAUUUAAAAAACUCAAAAGUCAUGAGUUUUACAAAUAGUUCAGAAGCAAAAGAAAAAGAAUUAGAGGAUCCAAAAGAUGAUGAUGAAUUUGGUUUAGUUCCAGAAACUGAAGGUGCCAAUAAAUCUAUAAAUUUUGAAGAACAUCUGAAAAAGCAGAAAGAUACUGAAACAGGAUCAAGUAAUAAUACAAGUAAUAAAAAUAAACGUAGUUUAACAAAAUUAUCAGGUUUAAAAUCAACAAUAUCAGAUGAAGAAAAUGAAGAUGAUGAACAAGUCAAUAAGAUGAUAGAAAGAUCUAAAAAAUAUUUUUCAAUAAUAUCAUUAGUUGUUAAAUCAAUAACUUUACAAAUAACAAUAAAAUUAAAUAAAGGGUAUAAAAGAAUAUUAAAUGUUCAUGAUUUCACAAUAAACCUUCCACAAAUAGAAUUAAAUAAUCAAAUUAUGUCAUUUAUUGACCUUACGAAUUUAAUGAAAAAAUUAAUAAUAAAAACUUUAUUAUCUCAUAUUGGAAAAUUAUUAUCUAAUAAAUUACAAUCACAUAAAUAUAACACACUAACAAAUUCGGAAAAUAAAUCAUCACAAUUAAGACCAGUUAAAAAAUAUGAAAAAUUUAUCCCCAUAAAAGAAUUAACUAUUGUUAAAACUAUUACAAAUAAUUUAUAG